AUGAAGUUACAUGGAAAGACUUACACUAUCCCAACUUUUAGUAAGCCUCCAGGGGUUAGUGAACCAGAGCAACGAACAUCAGAUAUGCAUAAUGAUUCUGACAAACAAAUCGAUUUCUUUCACAGAUUAGAAUUUCAUUCCAAGAUUCAAAUCAUAUCAGAUAUGAAAAAUCUAGAAAAUAAAGCAACUAUUAAAAAGGAAUUUAUUAGAGCUCUUGAUUAUGCAGAAUAUCUUAAAAAAGAAUUGAUAUGA